AUGGGAUCCACCGUCCUUCCGUACAUGGAGACCAAGCCCAAGGUGAUCUUCUUCACUGAUUUUGACGGCACCAUCACGGUGGACGACAGCAAUGACUUUAUGAUCGACAACCUCGGCUUUGGUCUCGCGGAACGCCGCAAGUUGAACGACGAAAUCCUGGAGGAGCGCAUGGGUUUCCGGGACGCCUUCCGCAUCAUGCUGGAGAGUAUCAACACUCCCUAUGACCAAUGCAUCGAGAUCCUCAAAAAGAACAUGAAAUUGGACCCCUACUUUGAAAAGUUCUACUACUGGGCCGAGGAGAACAAUGUCCCCAUCGUGAUCUUGUCCUCGGGCAUGCGCCCAAUCAUCAGUGCUCUGCUCGAACAAUUCCUCGGUCACAAGCCCAAAAGCCAUCUGACCAUUGUCUGCAACGAAGUGAUUCCCCGGAAUGGCAAGGACAUCAACAGCGAGGGCGGCUGGCAAAUCUCGUACCACGACGAUAGUCACUUUGGCCACGACAAGUCUCUUGAAAUCAAGCCCUACGCGGCUCUUCCCGAUGGCGAGCGCCCGAUCCUUUUGUACGCCGGCGACGGCGUCUCCGACCUGUCGGCUGCGGCCGAAACGAAUCUCCUUUUCGCAAAGGAGGGCAAAGAUCUGGUGACUUUCUGCAAGCGCCGAGGCAUGCCUUACACCACCUUCAGGGACUGGUCUACCAUUCUUGCCUCCACCCAGGACAUUCUCGCCGGCAAGAAGACACCCGAAGAGGUGGCUGCCGAGACAAAGACCGCCUGA